AUGGCCUUAGCUCCACAGCAGGGUUUCGGUUCCCCGGUCUUGACUUCCUCCUCCUCUCUGCUUGUGGUUCCAGGCCGGGGCGACCUGAUCGGCUCCGACUACCUGACCCAGGAGGAGGUGAUCAAAACCAACGCCUGCGUGAAGGCCCUGACCUACUGCGACCUGCAGCACAUCGGUCUGAAGGGGCUGCGCGAGGUGCUCUGCCUCUACCCCGACUACGCCCAGAAGUUUAUCGCAGAGAUCCGACACGACCUGACGUACAACCUGCGAGAAGGACACGACGCAGAGGGAGAUUACGAGAGCAACGGAGGCAUCGCCAAAAAACUGGCGUCCAUCAAGGAAGACGAGGAGGCGUCGGGGUCCGAAGGGGAGCUCCCGUCUCCUCUUCCCAGGAUGCCUCAGCUGGGCCGACUGGGGCGGGGCCUGCGCUCCCCCCUGCGCUCCCCUUUGCGCUCGCCGCUGCUGCCGCCGAGGCUGUUCCAACCGCCGACGGACCAGAGCCGACCCCCCACCCUGCAGAUCCCCGUGGUCAGCUUCACCUGCACACACCCGGACCUCAGCCCACGGUUCGUGGACGGGACUGAGACUGAAAACCAAAGCUGUUCCACCCAGAACUGUGACUUUUCCAUCAGUUCGACUCCGAGUUUCCUGAACAGAGCAGAUAGUGAUACCACAGGGAGGGACCAGGAGGAGGCGGAGACUGUGCAGACCAUAACCAAACUAAAAGACCAGAUGAGCGUCCUCUCCCAUCAGGUGACAGCUGUCAGUCAGGAACUUCAGGAAAUGACCCGCCUCCUCAGACCUCUCUUCCACAACCCCCCUGUGCUGCUCAUACCCAGUGCUGUGACUCCGCCCCCCAGCGUCUCCUCUGACAGUUUCUCUCCAGCCCCACCUCUUCUUACCCAUCAUGCACCUGUGGACUGUCCAGAUGAAGACCGACACCGUGGUCCAGCCGUCCUGAUACCUGACACCGCCCACACCUCAGGGGAUUCUAGUAGCACCAACCAGGAGGAGUUCCGUCCAAUGUCCCAUGAUCCUCUCGUGGCUCCUCCCCCUGUCACUCACUGCUCAGCACCUCCGUCACUCAGCGGCUCUCCUCAUGAGCACAUGACUAUGCUCCGCCCCCCCUCCUCCUCCAUCCCCUCUCUUUCCUUAUCCAUCGCCCCCCUUCUGGUGGACCUGUCGGUACCUGAUGACGAGCCCCGCCCCCUGUCUUAUCCCUCCCGUGACUUCCACACAUCCUGGGCUUAUCCUCAUGUCCGCCCCCAGGCCCCGCCCCCCUCCUCCAGCAUGGACACACCGCUCCGAGACCCGGAGGUGGACUGGGACGAGUACACGGCUCGGCUCAGCUUCAUCGAUGAAGGACGGCCCUCGGUGUAAACGGAGACCCUGACCGCUGUGAUCCGCUAGCUAGCAUUGCGAACUCUGCGUCACAAUACGUCUGUUCACGUCUAUUAUGCCGUGUUUCCACUACGUGAAACCGACUCAGCUCGGCUCUGGUACCAGGUCCUAUUCCUGGAGACCAUUUUCAUUACAGGAUACCACCGACUUUACAGUACCUGGUCGUCAUAGCGAUGUGGCACGUUACUUCCGUGUCAUCUGCUCAGAGAGUUGCUAAUAAACGCGCUGGUUGCGCGUUGUCUCGUCACGCUUAUGCUGAAUUUUACGUCGUCCACCAAAGACUGAAUCUCCUGGACAAACCAUGGUGUAGUUUUACGGGCUGUCAUCAUGUGGAUUCACCUACUGCGAUAUUUACUGUCAACUUCUGCAUCUGUUUUCUGUAAAACGUCGGCUCACACAGACGACUCUGACCAAUCAGUGGUCUACAGUGUUUACACAGCGUCACCUCUUAGCAUCUGGUACCCAGUCCUGGAACCACAGCGGAGGUGAGACCAAAAAACUGGUACCGGGUACCAGAUUCCAGGUCCUUUAUCGUAAUGGAAAUGCAUAAAGGCCGAGUCAAGUCGAGCCGAUACCACGUAGUGGAAAUGCGUCAUUAGACAGGUCCAGGAAAAAACGGCCUGUUUUCCCAGACAAGGGCUUCUCAUUGGUUCUGGUACUUUGAGACAUGCUCUUCAAAAUAAGCUCUGGGGCUAGCUUAGCCAGCCGGUAACGCUAGCCCUUUCUUCCAACGGUCUAAUCAGCGAUGCCUGGAAGGAAGUGCCGAAAAUUGUCGGGUGUCGAUGGUGGGUGUUAUGAAUUUACGGAAAUAAAGCGUUUAACUGAUUAGACCAGUGGAAGGAAGGGCUAGCGCAGGAGUCUGCAACCUUUAUUAUCAGUCAGAAGAGGGGGCCAUUUUGCCUACUCUACCGCCAAAAAAAAUAGUCUGGAGCCGCAAAAAGUAACAGAGCUUUUAAACUUUUAAAAGUUUUAAUCUUUUUUUACAUUUUAUCUGUUACAACCA